UAUCGUUUUAAAUUAAUAAAAUAUUGGUACUUAAUAAAAACAAAAGUAAAACAAGAAAUACAUUUUUAUACAAAUACAGAGAUUUAAUACAUGCAUUGGACUAAAAACAAUUCAAACUAAAUAAAGGCGUUACAGUGUUAUACAUAUUUUGUAAAAUUUCUAAAAGAAUGUAAUUGAGGUGUGUACUCACUUCAAUUAAUAUUAAAAACAUUGUGUUCAAAAAAGUGGAUAAAUCAAAGCAGGAAAUGCAACAUUCUUCUCAGGAUUCUCAACAUAACUUUCGGCAAACGAAGACGCCCUCCAAUGGGCAAUUGCCUUACUUGCUUUCGAGAGCCUCAGUUAAGGGCUCUAGAAGAUACAACUGUUUAUAAGGAAGGAAUGCGAAUAUCUGAGUCACAGUCUUCAUUAGCAAAUAACACAAGUACUGCAAGAGCAGGAGAUAACUCAUUCUUAUCCGAUUCAAAUAUAAUAAGCAACGGUAACCAUUUGUCUUUGCAUCCUUCUGAACAGGACAUAGAACAGAUAUCAGUAGCAGCUACGAACGUCAAUCGUUUAUAUUCCUCAUAUCAACAGAAGCGUUAUCAAACCAAAUCGGCUUCUAUUAUGGGUUUGACAGAAAGUAAACCAUCAGAUAUGAAACUUGCUCAGUUAUUUGAUAUUUAUAAAGAUGACCAAGAAGACUGUAUCCUUGCUGAAGGCAUUGAACAAUUAUGUAAAGAUUUGCAGUUGUCUCCUGAUGAGUUUAAGGUGCUUAUUUUAGCGUGGAAAUUGAAUGCAGAACAAAUGUGUAGGUUUACGCGUUCCGAGUUUAUAAACGGAUUAAAAAAAAUGCGGGUUGACACAAUAAAAGGUGUACAAGUGCGGCUUCCUGAAUACGCGAAAGAAGUGUCGAAUGAUGCAGAGCAGUUCAAAGACUUAUAUCGUUUUACUUUUAAAUUCGGACUUGAUUCAGGAUCAGGACAACGCAUUUUACCUUCAGAUAUGGCAAUCUCGCUAUGGAAACUCGUAUUUACUGUACGAGAACCACCUAUAUUGCAGCGGUGGCUUCGAUUUUUGGAAAAUCACCCAACUAUUAGGGGUAUACCUCGUGAUACGUGGAAUAUGUUUUUAAACUUUUCUGAAACAAUUAAUAAUGAUCUCAGUACGUAUGAUGAUAAUGAAGCUUGGCCCAGUUUGUUCGACGAUUUUGUUGAGUAUGAAAAUGACCAAACAAACCAGAAUGUAGCAAUUAAAAGUAAAGAGUGUGAACAAAUGUUAUUUGAAAGUACCGAAUGAUACUUACAUUAUAUUGUUGUUAUUUUUUACUGUAAAUUUCGUUUUAUUUAUUGUAUUUUUCAUGUCUGCUAUUUAAUGAGAAGAAAACAAUUAUGUUUUCUAUGUUUGUUCAUGUUAUGCAAAGAAGAAAAGUAUUUAAAUGUUUCCAUUGAUAUAAUGUUUAAUUUAUUGCGUCGCCUUUUUUAUUUAUUUAACUGCAUGCAUUUUAUUAAAUAAAAUAGCAGCAUUAACUGUUAUGAUGAUUAUUAUAAUCUUAAGUGUUGCUUAAAAUCUCAUAGUAUUCGGCAAUAAUUGGAAUUGGAGAUAGUUUUCUUUACAUUUACCAACCUAAUAAAUUUUAUUUUAUAAUAAUAUUCCUCUUUAAAUGUCAUGGCUUACCAGAUUCUAAUAUUUUUUAGAAUGUAGUUAAUGCUAAAUCUACACUUCAAUUUAAGAGCCUUGUGCAUUAUUAAUUCAAGUACCAAUACCAUUUUCCCCCUUUUAAUUCUAAUGUGCAAAAAUCAGAAUUAAUAGGGUUUAUAAAGUUUUUUAUUAAAUACUUGAAAAUUAAUUCUCAAUUUUUUUCCCACUAUAAGUUACCUGAAAUUAAUCAGAAAAACUUUUGUUGCUGCUGUCACCCUCGUCGUGAAUCGAACCAGGCACCUUUGGCUUUUCGCACCAUUGCUCUA